UUGGAUCAAGAGGACCUGUGAGCGGGCACACGUGCAAUGUGCCAGCAUGAUGCUGCGUGGAUAGUCGUGGGGGACACGAGGACGGCAGACACGCCAGGUGAGACUGAGACCACGAGCCGCCAGCUCACAGACCAGCGGAAUCAGGGUGAUCGCCUCAUGCGGGCACAGCCAAGGUCCGAGCGCAUAGGGGUCUGACAAAAAUGGGCGUGCUCCAGCUCCACAACCCCGCUCACCCCAGCACGCUCCUGCAGCGAGCCAAUCAGAUGCGCCUGACGGGGACCCUGUGCGACGUCAUCAUCACGGUGGACGGCCACGAGUUCCCGGCGCACCGCACCGUCCUGGCGUGCACCAGCAAGAUGUUUGAGAUCCUGUUCCACCGCAGCAGCCUGCGCUACGCCCUGGACUUCCUGUCCCCGAAGACCUUCCAGCAGAUCCUGGAGUACGCCUACACCGCCUCACUGCAGGCCACCGCCGAGGACCUGGACGACCUGCUGUACGCCGCGGAGAUCCUGGAGAUCGAGUUCCUGGAGGAGCAGUGCCUGAAGGUGCUGGAGACCAUCCAGGCGGAGGAGAGCGACGACACGGCGGUGAGCCACCACGGUGACCGGGCCAGACACUGGAGACACAUGAUGUCCAAGAAGCAUUCCAUCCCUGACGGCUCCGCGUGCACCAACCCCAGCGCUCUGCACCACCUGGCGCUCUACCACAUGACGGAAAGGAGUCCGCCGGGGACAGAGUCCGCCGCACCUCCUGAAUUGAGCCCCAAGCUGGACAUUGACAUGGACAUCACCCGCCGGCCUCACCGGGGCAACGCCGAGGCCCCGACCCUUGAACCGGUGCGGGGCAUCAAAUCGGAGAACAUGCAGGUGGACGAGGCGGACUUCUGCGUGGGCGGCUCCUCCGGGGCCGGGGACGGGUGCUCACCGUCCGAUCCAAACAGGGACGAGGGCCCGGGGACGCCGCUGAGAAGCAGCGUGAUCACCAGCACCCGGGAGCUCCACGGCAACCCCGACGACAGCGCCCAAGGGCUGGGGAGCUCUCUGGAUUUUUUCCCCGGCUUAGUGGAGAAACACCUGGGCUCGCUGUACUCGGUCACUGCCGCCCGCCCGGGGGAGGCCACCACGCCCCUUUCCGUGCCCUCGUCCCUGGGCGUGCCGCUGGACCCGAGGGCCUACGGCGGCCUGCUGCACCAGGGCCUGCUGCACAGGGAGCUCCUCAGCAGGCUGGGACAGUUUGCGGCGGGCAUGCGGCACGAGGGCUCCGCUCAGGGGCCGCAGUGUUGUGGCGAGUGCGGGCUGCAGCUGCACAGCAGGCAGGCUUUGGAGCAGCACAGGAGGCUGCAUAACGACGAGAAGGGCCACGGCUGCAAAUACUGUGGCAAACACUUCCAGGACAACAUGAGGCUCCGGAUGCACAUGUUGUCUCACACAGCUCCUGCAGAGGCGCUGGUGUGUGAUCAGUGUGGAGCGACCUUCUCCUCAGAGGAGGCUCUGGAUGCCCACAGGCUAACGCACACAGGGACCGACAUGGCGGUGUUCUGUCUGCUGUGUGCAAAGCGCUUCCAGACCCAAAAGGCCCUGCAGCAGCACAUGGAGGUCCACGCCGGCAUGCACAGCUACAUCUGUAGCCACUGCGAGCGCCCCUUCCCCAGCCACACCACCCUCAAAAGACACCUGCGCUCGCACUCGGGCGAUCACCCGUUCGAGUGCGAGUACUGUGGGAGCUGCUUCCGAGACGAUGGCACCCUGAGGGGCCACAAACGCAUCCACACGGGAGAGAAGCCUUACGAGUGCAACAGCUGCGGGAAACGCUUCAGCCUCAAACACCAGCUAGAGACACACUACCGUGUACACACAGGUGAGAAGCCAUUUGAGUGUAAGCUGUGUCACCAACGGUCCAGGGACUACUCGGCUAUGAUCAAGCACCUGCGCACUCACAACGGAGCGUCUCCGUACCAGUGCACCAUCUGCCAGGACUUCUGCCCGAGCCUGGCCGCCAUGCAGAAGCACAUGAAGGGCCACAAACCGGAGGAGGUCCCGGCCGACUGGCGGAUAGAAAAGACUUAUCUGUACGUCUGUUACGUCUGAGCAGGUCUUGGACCCCGGUGCACAGACAAAAACAAAGCUUACACACAUACGCACAUGCACGCACUCAAGGGUGAAAACCUUUGCCGAGACCCUUGCUGUGUCAAUAUGAAAAAAAUAAAUAAUAAUGCAAAAGUAGAAAGAGAAUUCUGGGAGAGCCAACACGCUAGUAGCGAAACAAAUAACUUCCUUUGAUUUGUGCCAUUUAUGAUGACUACAUUAGGCUUUAGAAAACCAGCCCAAUAACAUUUGCUAAAACAUUUUUUUAAAAAUGGUUGUUACAGGCAACAUGACAUUUCUCAAGGGCGUUAAUAGGAAUUGGAAGUUAUAUUCCAGUCAUACUUGCCAACCCUCCCGAAUUUUCCGGGAGACUCCGGAAUUUCAGUGCCUCUCCCGAAAAUCUCCCGGGACAACCAUUCUCCCGAAUUUCUCCCGAUUUCCAGCCGGACUUAAGGCACGCCCACUCCAGGUCCCUGCGGACCUGAGUGAGGACAGCCUGUCGUCACGUCCACUUGGCCGACCAAAAAGUAA